AUGAGCUACGUUAAGAAAGAUGAAGAUGCUGAUCAAAUAAUGAUGAAGUUGGAUAGGACUUCUGUUUUCCAAGAUGCACGAUUAUUCAAUUCCUCGCCUAUAUCACCGCGAAAAUGUCGGACACUACUUACCAAAAUCGCCGUCUUGCUCUUCACCGGGGAGAAGUUCCCGACGAACGAGGCUACGACGUUGUUCUUUGGCAUCUCGAAACUUUUCCAGAACAAGGAUCCUUCGCUGCGACAAAUGGUAUAUCUGAUCUUGAAGGAGUUGGCCGGCACGGCAGAUGAUGUUAUCAUGUCUACUUCCAUAAUUAUGAAGGAUACUUCCGUUGGAAGCGACGUCCUCUACCGGGCUAAUGCUAUUCGAGCAUUGUGCCGCAUUAUAGAUGCUACAACGGUUCAAGCGAUUGAGCGUCUGAUAAAAACCGCAAUUGUCGACAAAACUCCUUCAGUCUCGUCAGCCGCUCUUGUUUCCUCCUAUCAUCUCCUCCCCGUCGCUCGCGACGUUGUUCGAAGAUGGCAGAGCGAAGCCCAGGAGGCUGCUUCAUCAAGCAAACAGUCCACCAGUUUCCUUGGUUUCACGAGUGGACAAGCACACCCUAUCUCACAAACGAACUAUAUGACCCAAUAUCACGCAAUUGGUCUUCUUUAUCAGAUGCGUGCUCAUGACAGAAUGGCUUUGGUAAAGAUGGUUCAACAGUAUGGUGCAGCGGGCGCGGUCAAGAGCCCUGGUGCACUUGUGUUGCUUGUCAGGUUGGCUGCUCAAUUGGCAGAUGAGGACCAGAGCCUUCGAAAGCCGAUGAUGCAAAUGCUCGACGGUUGGCUUCGCCAUAAGCAUGAGAUGGUCAAUUUCGAGGCUGCCCGAGCAAUCUGCCAAAUGAGGGAUGUCACAGAUGCGGAAGCGUCCCAAGCGGUUCAUGUCCUCCAACUCUUUCUUUCGUCUCCUCGCCCCAUCACCAAGUUUGCUGCCAUCAGGACUUUGCACAGUUUGGCAUCCUUCAAGCCCAACGUUGUCAACCCAUGCAACCAAGAUAUUGAAGCCUUGAUAUCCAACAGUAAUCGAUCCAUUGCAACGUUUGCAAUUACGACGCUCCUUAAAACUGGCAAUGAAGCUAGCGUUGACCGUCUGAUGACCCAGAUUUCUGGAUUUAUGGCUGAUACUACCGACGAAUUCAAAAUCACAAUCGUUGAGGCUAUCAGAACACUCUGUCUUAAGUUCCCACACAAGCAAGCUGGCAUGCUUGCGUUCCUCAGCGGCAUACUCAGGGAUGAAGGCGGCUAUGAAUUUAAAAGAAGUGUAGUCGAGAGCAUGUUUGACCUUAUCAAAUUUGUCCCUGGAAGCAAAGAAGAUGCUCUCGCACAUCUCUGUGAAUUCAUUGAAGAUUGCGAAUUCACCAAGCUCGCAGUCAGGAUAUUACAUCUCCUAGGUGUUGAGGGACCCAAGACUUCACAACCGACGAAGUAUAUCCGGUAUAUCUAUAAUAGGGUCGUUUUGGAAAAUGCGGUAAUUCGUGCUGCUGCAGUGACGGCAUUGGCCAAAUUUGGUGUUGGCCAAAAGGACCCAGAGCUUAAGAGAAGUGUAAACGUUCUAUUGGCCCGAUGCUUGGAUGACACUGAUGACGAAGUCCGUGAUCGUGCGGCUCUUAACCUACGACUGAUGAAAGAGGAGGAUGAACUGGCGGAACGAUUUAUUAAAACCGAUUCGAUGUUUUCUUUGUCUACAUUUGAACAUCAACUCGUCAUGUAUGUUACUGCAACAGAUAAGGAAACUUUUGCGGCAGCGUUCGACCUCAACACCAUUCCAGUUGUAUCACAAGAGCAAGCCCUUGCUGAAGAGCGAACCAAGAAGCUUACGACUGCGACACCAACUCUCAAGGCCCCAUCUAUGACUCCAUCGAAGGCAAAAUCAACCGCUGGGGUCGAUGGAGUUGCUGCUGCUGCUGCUUCGACCCAAAAAUACGCAGAACAACUUGUCCAAAUACCGGAGCUCAAGGCUUACGGAACACUGCUCAAAUCAUCUACUCCUGUUGAACUAACCGAAAGUGAGACGGAGUAUGUCGUCAGCGCUGUUAAACAUAUCUUUAAGGAACAUAUUGUCUUGCAAUAUGAUAUCAAAAACACGCGACCAAAUACCCUCACCGUGCCAGCGCCGAAACUUAUGACAAAUGAACCCGGAAUAGUUUAUGUUGCUUUUAAGAAACUUGGAGGAGAACAUAAUUUCCCUGUAACGUCAUUUACGAACAACCUGAAGUUCACUAGCAAAGAAAUCGAUCCUACUACUGGCGAUCCGGAAGAGACUGGCUACGAGGAUGAAUAUCAAGUUGAAGAUUUAGAUCUAAUUGGUAGUGACUAUGUCAUUCCUGCCUUUGCUGGAAGCUUCGAUCACGUCUGGGAACAAACUGGUGCGAACGGUGAAGAAGCUAGCGAAACACUCCAACUUUCCAACGUGAAAGGUAUUGAAGAUGCAACCGAGCAACUUGUUGCAACACUAUCACUUCAACCACUCGAGGGCACAGACGUGGUCCUCAACAAUACGACACAUGCACUUAAAUUGUACGGCAAGACUGUUUCUGGCGGUAGAGUGGCAGCCUUGGUGAGAAUGGCAUAUUCGGCCAAAUCCGGUGUGACGACCAAAGUAACUGUUCGUGCCGAAGAAGAAGGCGUUGCUGCGACAGUCGUCGCAUCUGUUGCCUGA